CUGUGUUUCAACAGUUUGUAUCACCACGGUGGGAGCGCUGCAGUGGGGAGGGAACGGAGUGAGUAUGGAACCACGCCAUAAAAGAUUUACACAUAUCAGGUAUGGAGGAACUGGGUCGUCAACAUGAAUUUUGAUACUGCUGAUGAAGCCAACUUCUGGAGUAACCGUUCCUCAGAGCUGUACUCGGAGACACAGGCACCGUUAUCUGCAAAAAAAUCCAACUUUACCACAGUGAAUGACACAGACACGAGUCCGCUGGACCUUACCCGAGCCGUGCCCGUUGGUAUAGUUCUGGGCGCGUUCAUUCUGUUCGCAAUCGUGGGCAAUAUACUCGUAAUACUUUCCGUUGUGUGCAACAGACACCUGCGCAUCCCAACAAACUAUUUCAUUAUCAACCUAGCCAUUGCGGACCUGUUGCUGGGUACCACAGUGCUGCCCGUGUCCGCAACAUUGGAGAUUCUUGACUACUGGGUAUUCGGGAGGAUAUUCUGUGACAUCUGGGCAGCAGUGGACGUGCUAUGUUGCACUGCUUCCAUUAUGAGCCUGUGCGUAAUAUCCAUAGACCGUUAUAUAGGCGUGCGCUACCCACUGCAGUACCCCUGUAUAGUAACGGAGAAAAGAGCCCUUUUGGCCAUGCUCGGUGUUUGGGUUCUCGCUACCGUCAUCUCCAUCGGACCUCUGCUCGGGUGGAAACAACCACCCUCAAAUGACGACACAAUUUGCCCCAUCACCGAAGAGCCCUUUUACGCACUGUUCUCGUCAUUGGGUUCAUUUUACAUACCUCUAGCUGUCAUCCUGUGCAUGUACUGUCAGGUUUAUGUAGUUGCCAAACGAACCACUAAGAACUUGGAGGCGGGGGUCAUGAAAGAGCACAUGGACUCGAAUGAGCUCACGCUCAGGAUCCACUGCAAAAACGCACAGCUGCAGGAAUACUGCGGCGCAGGCAAGGGCCAGACACGGAGCACUCUGACCGUCAAACUGUUCAAGUUCUCCCGAGAGAAGAAAGCUGCCAAAACUCUCGGUGUGGUGGUGGGCAUGUUUAUUCUCUGCUGGCUGCCAUUCUUCCUCGUGCUGCCCAUCGGGUCGUUCAAUGCCAACCUGCGUCCACCAGAAACGUUCUUUAAGGUGAUCUUCUGGCUGGGCUACUUCAACAGCUGCCUGAAUCCCAUCAUCUACCCCUACUACAGCCGAGAGUUCAAACAGGCCUUCAUCCGCAUCCUCAAGUGCCGCUGCCAUCAGAAGAAAAAGCAGAAGGGCUGGAGGGUCUACUACAACCACCGCUCCUCCCACCUGGGCUCCACCAACAACUCCUACUUGAACGGGAGCCAGCAGACCCUGUCCUCUGUCAACCCCAGCCCUCGCUGUGUCAGCAAAGGAUCAGGCUCUCGCCUGGAGUCUGGGUGGGGCCGUGGCUCCCUGUCCCCCUGCCCGUCUCUGCCUGGGAGCCCCUUCACCAGCCAGAUGAGGGCCCUUCCUGGGGCUGUCUGCCAGAGCACCAGCAGAACCAGUAGAGUCAACCUGGUCUCCCCCCUGGCCGGGGAGCCAGUGCAUGCCAAUGGACAGAGUGGGAAUGGAAAGGUGGAGCAUGGCGCAAUCAGGGCAACACCUGAGACAAUGAUGUAAUGGCAGUGCGGAGCACCAGUCAUAAGCCUGGACAAUGCCGUUUGAUAGUCUGUACUUAUACUUAUGUGGGUAUUUUAUGCUGGAUGCUGAAAUAUGGACAGAAACCUAACUACUGUAGCAGUCUGGAUGUAAGAUUUACGCAUCACACCAAAGGGUCAAUGGUCAAUGUGUACAUAAGUAUUUAUUACUAAGAGUCUGAUUUCUUGUAGUUCCAUGUCCUCCAAAUGUCAUCCUAAAUAGUUAUUUUUAUUAUUAAAGGACACUUUUAGAUAGAACACUGAAGGCAUCUGCUACUGCACAAAAUCUUUUCUGAAUAACAUAUGCAGCUCUGGCACAUACUACUUUUAUUUUUAAAAUCGUUUUGGUACUAUUUUCACAAUUAUGUGGUGAAUUUCUAAACUCUUAGUACAAAACUCAAAACUGGUAACACUUGUAACACAGCCAGUCUUACAUUCAAACCCUUUCAUUGUCCAUUUAUUUUGUUUGUAGGCAUCUUUUACCCCACAACCAUUGAUCCACAAUAUAGGUUUACUGUGAAAUAUAAUGAGUACAUUGGUUUAAUCACCAAAACACAACAUAAUAAUAUCUUCUCAAUUUAAUUAUUUUAAAAACCAGUUAAUCCACAUGCAAAACAUGUAAGAUACAUGUUUCAAAAUUGCCUUUUGAAUGUAGUAUGCUACAGUACUGUAAAUUACAGUACAUUACACUUUUUUCACAUUAGGCAAAACACUUGCACUACCCAUUAAAAUUGACUGAACAUCACAUUUUCAUAAUUUCUAUUAUCCCAUGUGUGAUCAAAGGUGUUGUCACUCCCUGG